GGUCCCGCGGUCGGGGUCGCGGGCCGGGGCCGCGCGGCGCCAUGUUCGGCUCCAGCCGCGGCGGGGUGCGCGGCGGGCAGGACCAAUUCAACUGGGAGGACGUGAAGACCGACAAGCAGAGGGAGAACUACCUGGGUAACUCGCUGAUGGCGCCCGUGGGCCGCUGGCAGAAGGGCCGCGACCUCACCUGGUACGCCAAGGGCCGGGCGCCGUGCGCGGGGCCGAGCCGCGAGGAGGAGCUGGCGGCCGUGCGACAGGCCGAGCGCGAGGCGCUGCUGGCCGCGCUCGGCUACAAGAACGUGAGGAAGCAGCCCACCGGCCUGAGCAAGGAGGACUUCGUGGAGGUGUGCAAGCGGGAAGGCGGUGACUCCGAGAAGGGAGUGGACCGGCUGCUGGGGCUGGGCAGCGCCAGUGGCUCCGCGGGCCGCGUGGCACUGUCUCGGGAGGACAAGGAAGCCGCCAAGCUGGGGCUUGCUGUGUUCACGCACCACCGCGUGGAGAGCGGCGGGCCUGGGGCCUCGGCGGCCUCGGCCAGGAGGAAGCCGCGCACCGAAGACCAGGCAGAGGCCAGCUCUGAGAGCCACAAGAAGAGCAAGAAAGAGAAGAAGAAAAAGAAGAAGAAGAGACACAAGAAAGAGAAGAAGAAAGACAAGGAGCACAGACGGCAAGCUGAGACCCCUGCGCCUACUUCUCCUGCUCGGCCUGGGCACCGCCGCCAUGACUCUGACUCCUCCUCCCCCUGCUGCAAGAGGAGGAAGGGACACAGCGGGGAUGGUGGGAGGAGCCCGUCGUCCCGAAGGCGGCAGGACAGAGACUCUGAUGCCUGAGUUGCGGACCCUGUCUGCCUGGCACUCUCUCACCCCUCCUGUCUGGUUGAGGUUGAGGACUGCUCCCUUGGAGCGCCCUGGGCCUAGCCUGCUGGGCCUCCGGAGCUGGCCAGCCAGCUAGGAGGGGCCUGCUUGGUGGAGACUCCUCCAGGUUUUCUGGGGAGCAUGCCCUGGCUCCCCAGGCGGCCGCCCCUGGCCCCGCAGGCAAAGGCGAGCCUGCCCGGGAGGUCCCAGCAGAGACCCAGCUCCGUGUCCUGUCUGUGGUCUCAGCACCCCAACUCCUUUGCCUCUGAUUUAGCUGUGACCAAGCAGGGUUACUUCUAUUUUUCUUUAUAUUGACUCACUCUUUGUACUUAAAUAAAUUUAUUUUAAAAGGAAA